GAUGUUUGUCAACGCCAAAAAUAUUCUACCAUGGCCCCCGGUGGUUUAUUACAACCCUGGAAUUACCAAAUAAAGUUUGGUCCGAGGUGACUAUGGAUUUCAUCGAUGGCUUGCCUAAGUCAAGUGGAUUCACGGUCAUCUUCGUGGUCGUUGAUCGUUUAAGUAAAUAUGCACAUUUUGUGCCAUUAAAGCAUCCGUAUACAGCCCUAACGGUUGCCACUGUUUUCCUUCGAGAGGUCGUUCGUCUUCAUGGGUUUCCGGAGUCGAUAGUGUCUGAUCGCGACAAGGUUUUUUUAAAUUUAUUUUGGCGAGAACAUUUUCGUUUGAAGGGUACUCAAAUGAAACGUAGCACAGCUUACCAUCCACAAACGGAUGGGCAGACGGAGGUUGUCAAUCGCUGCUUAGAAACUUUCCUUCGUUGUUUUGUUUCUUCUUCUCCAAAACAAUGGGUUCGUUGGUUACCAUGGGCAGAGUACCGGUACAAUACCAAUUUUCACACUUCCAUCGCACUUGUUGCAUUUCGGAAAUCAACGAACUCCGGUGGGUACGAUUGAUCAAUACCUUCAGGAACGGGACCGUGUUUUGUUAGGGUUACGAGGGGAUUUACUAAAAGCUCAACAACUCAUGAAAAACCAAGCUGACAAGCAUCGGAGGGAGGUGGAAUUUGAGAUUGGAGAUCGGGUUUUCUUAAAGUUACGGCCUUACCGUCAGCAUUCUGUGGCAAGAUGUGUAAAUGAAAAGUUGGCACCUCGCUGUUUUGGUCCUUUUGAAAUAUUGGCACGUAUAGGAAAGGUCGCGUAUAAAUUACAGCUGCCCCCUUCUGCUCGCAUUCAUAACGUCUUCCAUUUCUCACAGUUACGUAAGGCAAUUGGUUCUCAAGAGGCUAGUCCACAGUUACCCGCAACUUUGACCCAGGACAUGGAAGUAUUGUUGUAACCUGAUCAGGUGGAGGGAAUUCGUAAUGGGGCCAUGGGGCAUGAGGUUUUAAUUCGUUGGAAGGAUUUACCCAUGUAUGAGGCCACCUGGGAAAGUUUUACUGAUUUCGAUUUGCGUUUUCCUGGGUUUCACCUUGAGGACAAGGUGCGUGUUUGGGAGGGGAGUUUGAACUUAUGCAUGUAUGAGGCCAAGAAAGGAUAUCCUUCUGAUUCUGCCUCAUACAAUGAUCCAAACAUCAUUAGUCAAAGGCUUCCCAUCGUCUUCCACAAGACCCAGAAGCUUAAACUCCCUGCCUGA